UUUUUCACCCAAAAAAGCACAAAACCAAAAGCUCCAAAAAAAAGAAUCAAUCAUCAGAUCCACCGUCCACGGCCCUGAUUCAAUCUCCUGGAGAUCUCCGAUCGCUUUCGCCCCAAAACAAAAGCUUUCAGAUUCUCUGCAUGCAUCGCAAUCCGUUCGAUUUUUGUAUGAUUGGAAAUCCGAAUUGAUGGGUUUCUUGUCGGAUCGGACGGUCAACGAUUCUUCAACCUUUUCUUUCUCUUUUGCCUCCGAGUCUCUUUCUUCUUUCCCGAUUUGAACCGCCAAAUCGCGUCUCGGAUUCGUUUGUCUCUGCGGACUAAGGAUUUCGGGUUUUUUUUUUCGGAUUAAAAUUCAGGAAGGAUGAGCGUGACGAAGUCUCAGGUUUGGCAGCCUUGCAAGAAGAAGAGGUAGUUUUAGAGAGAGAAAGGAAGAGGUAUUGCGGACUGGAAUUUUGAGAGAGAAAUUUGGAAGAUUUUAGAGAGAGAAGCGAGGGGAGAGAGGGUUGGAGGAGAUGGCGUCGAGGUCGAACACUGGAAGCAGGACGCGGGUCGGGCGGUACGAGCUGGGUCGGACUCUCGGGGAGGGGAAUUUUGCCAAGGUCAAGUUCGCGCGCAACGUCGAGACAGAUGAGAACUUUGCGAUCAAAAUUCUCGACAAGGAGAAGGUCCUCAAGCACAAGAUGAUCGGCCAGUCAUAUUCUCUCCUUUUGCAGAUCAAACGAGAAAUAUCAACAAUGAAACUAAUUAGACAUCCAAAUGUCAUCCGCAUGUAUGAGGUGAUGGCUAGCAAGACGAAAAUAUACAUUGUUUUGGAAUUUGUGACUGGUGGAGAACUAUUUGACAAAAUUGCAAGUAAAGGAAGAUUGAAAGAAGAUGAAGCAAGAAAGUAUUUUCAGCAGCUUAUAAAUGCUGUUGAUUACUGUCACAGCAGAGGUGUUUUUCAUAGAGACCUAAAGCCAGAGAAUUUGCUGCUGGAUGUUAGCGGGACUCUUAAAGUUUCAGAUUUUGGACUGAGUGCACUACCUCAGCAAGUUCGGGAAGAUGGAUUGCUUCAUACGACAUGUGGGACACCAAAUUAUGUUGCCCCUGAGGUGAUCAACAACAAAGGGUAUGAUGGUGCGAAAGCGGAUUUAUGGUCUUGUGGUGUGAUUCUUUUUGUCUUAGUGGCUGGCUAUUUGCCUUUUGAAGAUUCCAACCUCAUGGCAUUAUACAAAAAGAUAUUCAAGGCUGACUUCACAUGCCCUCCAUGGUUCUCCUCAAGUGCAAAGAAGCUAAUCAAGAGAAUCUUGGAUCCUAACCCCUUGACAAGAAUUACAAUUGCUGAGGUCAUUGAGAAUGAGUGGUUUAAGAAAGGAUAUAAGCCACCUAGUUUUGAACAAGUUGAUGUCAGUCUUGACGAUGUGGAUUCUAUAUUCAAUGAAUCGGCGGAUUCUCAGAACCUUGUAGUGGAGAGGCGAGAAGAGCGGAAUGUGGCGCCUGUCACAAUGAAUGCCUUUGAGCUUAUCUCUACAUCCCAGGGCCUGAAUCUCAAUAGUCUUUUUGAGAAACAAAUGGAUCUUGUUAAACGAGAAACAAGGUUCACAUCCAAACGUCCAGCUAAUGAGAUAAUUUCUAAAAUUGAGGAAGCUGCAGGGCCUUUGGGUUUUGGUGUAAAGAAAAAUAACUUCAAGUUGAAGCUGCAAGGUGAAAAAACGGGACGUAAAGGUCAUUUAUCUGUUGCAACAGAGAUUUUUGAGGUGGCCCCCUCGCUUUACAUGGUUGAGGUUCGCAAGUCAGGGGGAGACACUCUGGAAUUUCACAAUUUCUACAAGAACCUGUCGACGGGGCUGAAGGAUAUAGUGUGGAAAUCAGCAGAUGAAUCAAGGAAGGAAGCACAUGAUGCCGCAGCCGCAGCCGCAGGUGCAGCCGUAGGUGCAGGUGCAGGUGCAGGUGCUGGGCCAUCUAGGUGAUUGACUUCCUCGGCCGAACAUGUUGAUGGGGUUUCUUUGUUGAAUGCUGUUUCUGUUUUUUCGAGUUUUUCAGUGAACAUCAUCGGACGUCCGUUGUCUAUCGAGUACAAACAGUAUUAUGGGAGUGUAUACAGUAUUAUGUAUAACUAGUACCUUGGUUUAUCUCCUUCGAGUGACCCUGUCAUUCAGAAGUCAAAUGAAUGCAGUAUACUUGUUGGGGGUUGUAUCUUUUGAGAGAGAAGAAGAUUCAACGUCAAGUUAGACUCUCUUCGCAAUUGAAAAACAUUUUAAAGUUAAUAUGAAAACAUAUGCAAAUUGUAUUUUA